GAGCAACGGAUUCGGGGCUGGGGUCGUGCCUGACCUCUGGGGCCCGCAGAUGGCAACUAUCAAAAGGAAGUAGGAUCAUGGCAGCAGAUGAUGACAAUGGUGAUGGAACAAAUUUAUUUGAUGUCUUUUCUGCUUCUCCUCUUAAAAGUAAUGAUGAAGGCUCAUUGGACAUAUAUGCUGGAUUGGACAAUGGUGUUUCUGACAGUUCUUCCAAAUCCUGUGUACCAUUUAGAAAUUGUUUGGAUUUAUAUGAAGAAAUCCUGACUGAAGAAGGAACUGCAAAGGAGGCCACAUAUAAUGAUUUGCAGGUAGAAUAUGGGAAAUGUCAGCUGCAAAUGAAAGAGUUGAUGAAAAAGUUUAAGGAAAUACAGACACAGAAUUUCAGCUUAAAAAAUGAAAACCAGUCUCUUAAGAAGAAUAUUUCAGCACUUAUCAAAACUGCCAGAGUGGAAAUAAACCGCAAGGAUGAAGAAAUAAAUAAUCUUCACCAAAGGUUGUCGGAGUUUCCACACUUUCGGAAUAAUCAUAAGAUUGCAAGGACAUCAGACAUAGUUAAAACAAAAGAUUUUAAAUCCAGAUCUUCUUCCCAUUUGGAUGACUGUUCAAAAACUGACCACAGAGUGAAAAGUGAUGUUUCUAGAGAUAUACAUCAUAGCACUUCACCGCCAAAGCUCGAAAAGGAAGGAAAAUCACAUUCUGAAAAAAAGAACAAUUUGCAUUUGGCUACAUCUAGUGAAAAACACUGUACAAAUGGUGUUUGGUCCCGUUCCCAUUAUCAGAUUGGUGAAGGUAGUUCAAAUGAGGAUAGUAGAAGAGGGAGAACAGAUAUUAGACAUAGCCAAUGUAGCAAAGGAACUGAUAGAUUACGAAAAGAGUUCAGUACUACCUGUGGUGAUGGUGAGCCAAGGGACACAGAGGCUAGUCAGAGGAUACAAGGACGUCCUGAGAAAUAUGGUAAAGGUGAACCAAAGACUGAAAACAAAAAUUCAAAGUUCAAAAGUAACUCAGAUUUAGAUUAUAAAAGUGAACACAUCAACACUUCUUGGGAAAAAGAGGCCUCUAGAGAAAGGUCAUAUGCUCGAAUAGACUCCCAAAAUGACAAAAAAAUUGAAAGACAAAGUGAAAGAUCACAAAAUAUAAAUAGAAAAGAACAAAAAUCACAAGACAGAGAAGAAAGAAAAAUUGAUCAAAAACCUAAAUCAGUAAAAGAUCAGGACCAUUGGAGAAGAUCUGAGCGAGCAUUGUUUCCUCAUUCCAAGAGUGAAUUAAAAUCUCAAAAUUCCAAUAAAUACCAUUUAGAAGAGAGAAGAGGAAGAGAAGAUAGCAAAAGAGACAGGUGUGUAAGUAAUCAUAGUUUUCCAGAAGGAAGAUAUCCUUCUCUUUCAACCAAUAGAACUCACAAACACAUUGACUCUAAGGAAACUGAUGCUGUGCACCAAAGGGAAAAUGUAACUUUAAAAGUAGAAAGGCAUAGAACUGAAGAUAAGAGGAAAAGGGAACGAGACAGCAAAGAAGAAAAUAGACAUAUAAGAUAUGAAAAAAAAACACCCACAGAACAUUUGCAGAAGACUAACAAAGAAGCUAAGAAAACAACUACUGAUUUAAAGAGACAGAAUGAGUCAAAAGAUGAAAAAAGUGAAGUUUCUAGUAAUACUGCUUCUGAAGGAACAGUUAAUAAAGACCCUGCAAAUAAAGGUGAGAGUGGUCCAAAUGAAACAAAAAACAAAGAUUUAAAACUGAGUUUUAUGGAAAAACUGAACUUAACUCUUUCUCCUGCAAAAAAGCAACCUGUUUCUCAGGAGAAUCAGCAAAAAGUAACCAGUACUCCCAAGUCCAGUGGCAUAUCUGAUUUGGACCCAGUGCAAACUAAAACAGUGACAAAUGUUCCCUCAGUCAGUGAACAUAUCACAAGGGACACCAAGUCAAAGUUACUGGAAUUAGACGAGGGUCUUGCAGUAGCAUCUGAACCCAGGAUUAGUAUACUAGAAAGGAAAACAGAAGACAAUGGCUUGAUAAUUAAAUCUGAUGAGAAUACUAUAAAUUGUGAUGUGCCUAUUUGUGGUACAGAGACUUCCUUCUCAGCACCUGUUGAAGUGGAACAAAACAAGUCUUUAUUUCCAUCAUCAAUAGAAAUCGAACAAACUAUUAAUGGUACAAGCACAAUUCCUGUGGUAAUGGACAUAGUACAAACAAAUCUUUCUCAAAGUUUUGUGUUGGACUUGGAUACCACCAGAAAUGAGGCUUUAAAUUCUUGUAGUGUUUCUGAAGGUAUAGAAUUGAAGGACACUUUUUCAAAAACAGUGGCCAAAUCCAAUGAAAGUGGUUUGCAGUCUUCCAUUGAAGAAUCUGGCAUUUUGCCAGAAGAUGGUAACCCAAAAUUUGAGCCUGCUCUUACAGAUGGACAGCUGGUUGAGAAUAAAUCUUGUCAUUUGGAGCCUUGCUUAGCUAAGGAGACUCUAGAAUCAAUUCAUCAGACUGUGUUAAUGGACCAUCAAAUGGAAAUUGGCGAAACAAACUCAGUAUAUCAUGAUGAUGAUAACUCAGUUCUGAGCAUUGACUUUAAUCACUUGAGACCUAUCCCAGAAGCCAUUAGUCCUCUGAAUAGUCCAGUGAGACCAGCUGCAAAACUUGCCAGAUUGGAAAGCCCAUCUCAAGUUCCAUUAUAUAAUAACAGUUCUAAAGAUGUGUUUCCACAAAAUUCAACUCAUUCUACCUCUAAGAGUCAGUCUGAUCUCAAUAAAGAAAAUCAGAAACCAACCCAAAAACCUGACAAAUGCAUUGAAGCAGAUUCCUGUAAGAAUUCAUCUUUAGAUGAAUUAGAAGAAGGGGAAAUACUAAGUGAUAGUGAAAAUUCUAAACCACAAAUACAUUUUGGAAAAAGUGCCAAAUCUAGAGUGUCUACUAAAAUUCAGAACUCAGAAACUAGCCCAGGAAAUAGGAAAAAUACUGUGUAUUUGGAGAAAGACAAUAGGAAAACAUCUAUAAAAAUUCAUCAGAACAAAAGCAAGUGGAAUAAAAGACGAAAUGGCUCAAGCCGAUCUUCGAACACAGAGAAGAAAGAGAAGAUAAUGAGUACUUCUAGCCUUGAAAAAAUAGUUUCGAUUAUUUCAGUACCCUCUUCUAUACCAGAAGUUCUGCACAUGCUACGGGUGAUAAGAAAACAUGUAAGGAAAAAUUAUAUGAAAUUCAAGGUGAAAUUUUCAUUGAUACAAUUUCAUAGAAUUAUUGAAUCAGCAAUCUUGAGUUUUACGUCUCUAAUUAAACACCUGGACUUAUCCAAAAUAACUAAGUCAGUGACAAUUUUACAGAAGAAUCUCUGUGAUAUUAUAGAAUCCAAGCUUAAACAAGUUAAAAAGAAUGGCAUAGUGGAUCGUCUGUUUGAGCAGCAGCUACCAGAUAUGAAAAAGAAGCUGUGGAAAUUUGUAGAUGAACAACUUGAUUACUUGUUUGCAAAGCUUAAGAAAAUCUUACUGAAGUCUUGUGAUUCCAUGAACUUUGGCAGUGACAGUGAUGAAGGAAAAGUUGAAAACAUAAAUAAAGGAAAAGUACCACAUUCAAAAUAUCAGAAGGGGAAUGUGCACAACUCCAACUCCAAGAAAGAAAUGCUGAAAGAGAAAUCCUCCAAAUUAGAAGAUCCUGUUUAUUGUAAGUCUUUAUUGGAAAGUAAAAAAUCUGAAGAAAAACAUCAAGACCAAAAUAAUUCCAAUCUUAACACAGUAAAGCAUGACACUAAAAAAACUUUUAACACUUGCUUUGAUAAUAUUAAGAACUCUCAUUCUGAUGGACAUACUUUAGAACUGAACUAUUCAAGCAUGCCAAAACCAGAAAAAAUUGAAGGCAGCACCACAGAGGAUGCACAGACUUCCCAGCAUGCAGCUCUAAAGCCAGAACGCAGUUUUGAGAUUCUUACUGAACAGCAAGCAUCCAGCCUUACUUUUAAUUUAGUGAGUGAUGCACAAAUGGGUGAAAUAUUUAAAAGUUUGUUGCAAGGUUCUGAUCUUUUGGACAACAGUGUUAACUGUAAUGAAAAAAAUGAGUGGGAAUUAAAGACUCCAGAGAAACAGCUGCUUGAGACCCUUAAGUGUGAAUCUAUGCCGACUUGUACAACAGAAGAGCUAGUUUCAGGGGUGGUUUCUCCAUGUCCUAAAAUGAUUGGUGAUGAUAAUUGGUCAUUAUUAUCAUCUGAGAAAGGUCCAUCCCUGUCUUCAGGACUUUCUUUGCCUGUUCAUCCUGAUGUGUUAGAUGAGAGCUGUAUGUUUGAAGUGGCCUCUAACAUGGCCUUAAGUAAAGACAAUGCAUGUAGUUCAGAAAAGAGUAAGCCCUGUAUUUCUUCCAUACUUCUUGAAGAUCUAGCAGUCUCUUUAACAGUACCAUCACCUCUGAAGUCAGAUGGUCAUCUCAGUUUCUUAAAGCCUGAAGUUUUGUCCAGUUCAACUCCUGAAGAAGUUAUUAGUGCCCAUUUUAGUGAAGAUGCCUUACUUGAAGAAGAGGAUGCAUCUGAACAAGAUAUUCAUUUGGCACUGGAGUCUGAUAAUUCAAGUAGUAAAUCAAGUUGUUCUUCAUCAUGGACAAGCCGCUCGGUUACUCCAGGUUUUCAGUACCACCCUAACCUACCUAUGCAUGCUGUCAUAAUGGAAAAGUCCAAUGAUCAUUUCAUUGUGAAAAUUCGGCGUGCAGCACCAUCUCUCUCCCCCACUUGUAAACAGCAUAUGGUGACUGGUGAGUCAUUGGCAUCUUUGCCUAGAAUGGGAAAAGAAGCUGAUGAAGCAGUGGAGAAGGAAUACAUUUCAUGUCAGGCAAGAGUUUUUAAAUCUGUGGAGGAACUGAAAAAUAGCAACAGUAAUGUUGCUAGUAAGUCUGCUCAUGAAGAACAGGACUCUAUGAUAGCAACACAGGUUCCUGAUAUUUAUGAGUUUCUUAAAGAUGCUUCAGGUAAAGAGGAUCAUAGUAAUGAAGUGACUGAUGAGUGUUUCAAGUUGCAUCAGGUAUGGGAAACAAAAGUACCUGGAAGCAUUGAAGAAUUACCUUCAAUGGAAGAAGUUCCACAUUCUGUCGAGGAUCAUCUUCCAAACACGUACAUAGACCUCACUAAAGAUACAGUCACUGAGACCAAAAACUUAGGGGACUUCAUAGAAGUAACAGUUUUAAGUAUUGAUCAGUUGGGAUGUUCUGGAGACAAUUUGAAUCAAAAUGCUCAAAUAUUAGAUAGUAUGCAACCUGAUGCUGUAGAUGCUUUUAUUGAUUUGACACAAGAUGUUUCAAGUGAGAGUAAAAAUGAAGGCACCAGUCCUCCUCUAGCCACUCACAGCUUGGGGUGUCAGGUGAUAUGUGUAGAUGAAGAUAACUGUAAGGAAGAAAAGACGCAAGUGACAAAUAAGCCUUUGGAAUGCAUUGUUAGGGAAACCUAUAUCGAUUUAACCUCAGAAUCUCCUAGUUCUUGUGAAAUUAAAAAGGUUGAUUUAAAAUCAGAGCCAGCACCACAUUCUGAUAGCUCUGAGUUGCCUGGACCUUUGGAUAAUCCUCACAAAAAGAGAAAAAACCUUUCUGAUGAAAGUCAUUCUCAGAAAAAACAAAGAAAAGAAGCAAACUUAACCACUAAAGAAAAGACCAAGAAAGUCACCCAUACUUUUGGUGAGAAUGGUGAAGUUCACCGAAGGAAAACGAGUAAGAAGAAAGCCUGCAUGGUGACUAAAGAUCCCUCAUCGUUAAAGGCAAGCCCAGUGGUUAAGGAUCCAUCAGCAACAUCUGCUACUUCUACAAACCUCUCUGCAAAAAAUGUUGUUAAAAAGAAGGGUGAAAUUGUAGUUUCAUGGACAAGAAAUGAUGACCGGGAAAUUCUACUGGAGUGUCAGAAAAGAGCACCGUCAUCGAAAACAUUUUCUUAUUUAGCUGCCAAGUUGAAUAAAAAGCCGUAUCAGGUCUCAGAAAGAUUCCAUCAACUAAAGGAGCUCUUUGAAAAGUCAAAAUGCAGGUAGUUAAUGGUUAUACUACAGGAAAUGAGUAAAGACUGUUAAAUGUGUGACACUAACUGCAGUUAGUAAUCAGUUAGCCGUUGAAGUUGCAGGUAAUGGGUGAGAGGUAUCCAGUUGUGUUGCUGCUUCAGUCACAUAUUGGAGCAUGGUGGCUGGUUAAGGCUUCUAAGUUCACCUCAUUCGCAGGGGUGUGCUCAGAGUGAAGCCAGCUGCAGCUCGGGUCAGCGUGGACCUCUCCUCAGCAUUCUGAUUGCUGAUGGGUAUAGGUGGAGGGGAAUCCAUUUGAUGAUUUACACUAAGUUUUUCUUAGGGGAAGAAAAACACUCUUGAAUAGUGUAUUUCCGAGCAAAUGAAGUCUGUACAGUGAUUGUUUAGUAUUUUUCAUGUUUUUAAAUUAGGACUGCUGAAAUACUUGAAAAUACAAAGCAUAACAUAAACCUAAAAUCCAUUGUCAUCUGAAUAAAUGAUAUGAUUUACCAAUGUAAAUUUUUAAUAAUGUUCAUUAGACUUGUUUCCUCAGCUUCUUUAGGCUUCAUUUGCACAGGUUUGUUAAGACAACAGUGAAGGCAAUAAUACUCAUCAAAGCUUUUUUUUUUUUUCUGUGAGACUGAAUUUGCAUAUUUGCGAUUUUUAUGUAAGGAAAAUGAUAAAGAUGUUUAACAUAUUGCCACUUUUCAAUUGAUUUGUAGUCAUUACUAUUUGCAGAACACCCCAAUUUUUCUUUUUUAAACGAGCAUACAUGGCAAGUUUAUUAAGAAAAGGAACACCCAAAUUUUUAAUGAAAUUAGUGUUAAAUCUGAGUAGAAACCAGAUUUGGAUAUAGAUUUCAUUAAGAAAAGGUUCUAAAUAUUUUCAAGUUAUAAAUUUGUUUCUAAUCCAUAGCAAAUUUCUGUCUUUGGAUAAUUGUUGAUUUCAGUAUUGUUUUAAAGGAGUUGGUUUCCCAAUGACAUCUUCAAAAGAUAAGUUUACUAUGAAGUUAAAAAUUUAUAUAAUUCAAAAUGUAGCUUGAAUAAUGGGGAAUCUGAAGAAAAAGCUUAUUCUAAAGAACCUCAAAGCAAAACAUGACCUGGUUAUAUAACUUAGGUUCUCUUGUAAAGAUAAUAUAUAGUCACAGAAGGAUCAAACUUGGAUCUGCAAGUGGUACUGAUUAGUUUGAUAUUUCUAAAUUCCAUUACAAAUUAAUUUUUUCUUUUUUUAUUUAUAGUUUAAAAA